AUGGGCAACAUCUCUUCUAUGGCCAGGGCCUCGACGGCUUUGGAUUCAUACGUAGCAGAAUUAGGCAAUGAUCUUUCCUACGAUAAGAGUUUAUCAUCUUCACGGUUUCUCAAGACCAUCUUAGCUAGACACGCCUAUGGACCAAUCGUCCUGAAGAUAUUCAUCAAACCAGAUCCUGCCAUGUCCCUCAGGGUGAUUCAACGUAGACUAAAAACUGAAAGAGAUAACCUAUCUGAUUUACCAAACGUCAACACCUACCAGGCAUUCGUAGAGACUGAUAAAGCUGGGUAUCUGAUUAGACAAUGGGUUGGAUCAAACCUGUACGAUAGAGUCAGCACUCAGCCGUACCUCGCCAGUAUAGAGAAGAAGUGGAUAGCAUUUCAGCUGUUGACAUGCCUCAGAGAUGCCAGAUUGAGGAAGGUAGCUCACGGAGACGUCAAGUCAGAAAAUAUCCUCCUCACCACCGACCUCACAUUACUUUUAACAGAUUUCUCAUCAUCUUUCAAACCCACUUAUCUACCAUUAGAUGACCCAUCCGACUUCUCUUUCUUCUUCGAUACAUCAUCGAGAAGAACAUGUUAUAUCGCACCUGAGAGGUUUUACACUUCUGACUCAAAAUUGGCAGAAGAGAAGAGGAAAGUUCCCGGUGAAGGUGAAUUUGAAGGUUGGGGGAAGAGAGAUGGAAGAGUGACGGAAGAGAUGGAUGUUUUCAGUGCUGGAUGCGUCUUAGCUGAGAUGUGGACAGAUGGAAGAACGGUAUUCAAUCUUAGUGAAUUGUUCGCUUAUAGGCAGGGUACAGUAGGAUUGGAGGGGUUAUUGGAGAAUAUCGAUGAUAAUGAAGUAAAGGAAAUGAUAUCUCAGAUGCUAUCUCGCGACCCUUCCUCGCGUCCUUCCUUCGACCGUAUCUUAUCCAAUUUCAGAGAAACCAUCUUCCCAGAAUACUUCUACACCUUUCUCAAAGACUAUAUAACGUCCUUAUCAGAGACUACAGGAUCCCAAGACAAUACCAAUCCCGAAAUAACGUUUCUGCAGAAGUCAGCGGGGUUGUGUGGAAUGAAAAUAGAUAGAUUACUGGAUGAAUGGGAGAGUAUCAGUGUGCACCUCGAUAAGGGUCCUUCACCAGAUGGACCUGCUCUUCUACUACUCAAUAUCGUUACAUCGUCCAUUCGAAACUGCAUAUGGCCAUCGUCUCGCCUUCACGGUCUUCAGCUUUUCCUCAAUCUUGUCCCUUACCUAUUUGACGAAGAUAAGGUCGACCGCAUCAUACCUUUUGUGGUGGAGCUUCUUGCCGACGACGUGCCUAUCGUUCGAGCUGAGGCAUGUAGAACCCUUGUGAUAGUUGUCGAAUCCGUCAAUUCCAUCACACCCCAGAAUUCCACCUUUAUCCCUGAAUAUCUGUUACCCCAGAUGAGACAUCUGGCUGUAGACAAUGAUAUUUUUGUCAGAGCUACGUACGCUAAAGGUCUAGUCAGGCUGGCCGAUGCAGCAGUGAAUAUGUUGGAAAUGAGUCAAGCAACAAAACCUAUUGGUGGUCCCAGCUCAGAAUCCUCUACCAUCAUCGAGCCUGACUACGAUGCUAUGCUUCAGGAGAUCCAGUCCGUUGUGGAAGAACAAGCGACGACCCUCCUUGUUGAUACUGCUCCUCCCGUUAAACGCUCGAUUCUUGCGUCUAUAUCAGAUUUAUGCCUAUUUUUCGGCCGUCAAAAGUCAAAUGAGACGGUUCUUAGUCACAUCAUGACCUACCUGAACGAUCGAGAUUGGCAAUUGCGACUGGCAUUCUUCGAUGGUAUUGUUGGAGUGGGAGCUUUCAUUGGAGUCAGAGCGAUAGAGGAAUAUGUGCUGCCAUUGAUGUUGCAGGCGCUUGCUGAUCCGGAAGAAGCUGUAGUAGCUCGCGUGAUCAGCAGUAUGACCAGCUUGACAUCUUUAGGUCUACUAGCGAGAAUGAAGUUAUGGGAUGUCUUCGCUGCGGUCAGAGGGUUUCUUUGUCAUCCUAACAUGUGGAUCAGACAAGGCACUGCUGGCUUCAUAGCUGCUGCAGCUCGUAAUCUGCCUCCUACCGAUGUCUGGUGCAUACUAUAUCCCGGCAUCAGACCAUUACUGCAUGCUGAUAUCAGAGAAAUGAAUGAGAUCAGCAUACUGUCAGCUAUAUUACCUCCUUUACCGCGAAGUACCCUGAUAGCCGCUAAGGUAGCUGCUUUGCAAAAUACGCCCAAAGGAUAUUGGAACAUCCCGCAGAGUAAAGGGACCACCAAGUCGAGCCUGGUGAAGGCCGCUCAAGGCCAAGUCACCACUUCGCAGCAGCUUCGAGAUAAAGGCAUUACGGAGAAGGAUGAGAGGAAAAUUGAGGUGAUGAAGGAGUUCAUCGUCAAACAGGCGAAUGCUUCGAAAGCACGGGAAAGCUCAGAAUUAUCCUCAUCUGAAGCCGAUCUAGUCGCCGGGAAGUCAGUCUCCCUCACAGACCUGGGUGUAACCCCUCAAACUAUAUUCAUCAGUCCCCGUACGAUCGGUGUCGAUGCGAAAGCAGAUAUAAAACGUCUGCGACCUCAUCUGUCAGAUUCUCCCAUCAGUCGUCGAACAUCUUUCGCAAGUAGAAGCAAUAGAGGCACUGUCGACAAUCCCCUGGACGAGAUACGCAAGAAAUUAGCUACACUCGAGCCACUCACGAUUACCAAACCUGAUAAAACUCCCGCCGAACCUCUUCUCACCUCCAAUACCGAAUCUAACGCGACACCUUCAGAAUCCGGGCUAUCUUCUUCGAUUGAUCUGGCCGCUCUUUCCCGAUCUAGUCGUAAGAAGAUAGAUUCAAAGGCUGCUCCAGCCGUAGCUGCUUCUCACACCAACGCGACAGGCACAACAACGAUUCACGACGAACCGCUAUCUGGUAGAACAACACCUUUGGCUACGGGAGGGUUUGCCCCAGCCACUCCUCGGUCCAUCGCGCCCUACAGUAGCUCCUACGAGGGACAAGAUCCGGGUGUAAGAGCCUUCUUAGAACAGGUUGAUCUGGACAAUUAUCGAGAGCCCUUACUCGACUUUGGACCUCGUGUGACUGCAAGUCAUCGAAAGCGAAACCCGAGAGUGAAGAAUACCUCCUCGACACCUCAAGGCGUGACAAUGAUCGCUCAUCUCACACAGCAUGAAGGGGCUAUAACAGCUAUCGUUACUUCCCCAGAUAGCCUGUUCUUCGCUACUUCAUCGGAAGACGCCUCCAUCCAUAUUUGGGACUCUGCAAGACUCGAAAGAAGUGUCACCACCAAGCCUCGCUUGACUUACCGCAUGGAUGCCCGUGUGGCCAGUAUGUGCAGGAUUGAGAACACUCAUUGUCUUGCUGCUGCUGCUGAAGAUGGUCAGCUCCACGUACUGCGAGUGCAUGUGGGAUCUUCGGGUGGGUCUACGAAGUACGGGAAGGUAGAAUGUAUACGGUCUUGGACUGCUAGUGAGAAAGAGGGAUACGUGAAAUUGGUAGCUCAUCUUCAGGAUUCGUCACUCCUGCUCGUCACUUCGACCUCCAUGAUUGCCAUAUUGGACAUCAGGAAUAUGGAAAUUACUAAGCGGUUCCAGCAUCCUCUAGAACUGGGAGUCGUAACCGCUCUCUGCCCAUCGACUCAUUGGUUGGUCAUUAGUACAUCGACUGGGACACUUAGUCUUUGGGAUCUACGGUUUGGUCUGCUCUUGAAAUCGUGGAAAGCUGGAGGCGAAGUUACUUCCCUUAAAUUGCAUCCUUCCAAAGGGAAAGGCAGGUGGAUCAUGGCAUCUGUAAUGCCACCGUUAUCCAUUGGUAGCCCGAAGGCCACAUUGGGUAGCGAAAACGAAGACAAUUCCGGACCAUUAGUGGAAGCUUACGAUAUAGAAACGUCAAAAUUGAUGGAGAUCUACGAAGUUCGAACAUCGCGGCCUAGCAAGCAUCCUGAUCCACCUAAAGAAGUCGAGGAUGUGAUAUCCGAUAAAGCGGCUUAUAUCUCACAGCUCGCUCAAUCUGCUGAAUCAGUUUUAGGUAGUCUGACAAAGACUAUCACAGCAGAGGAUUUUAGUAAUUCAUCUUCUCCGUCUGCUACACCCAAAUCUGUCCUGGAUUUGAUUGCAGGGCAAAGCUGGUCGUCCCUCCCCAGAACCGAUGAGAGUGUUCUGAUGUCUGUACCGGAGCUCGGAACGAAGAACGAUCAUAGUGGAUCAGGAAAUCCAGGUUGGAUGGUCACUGCUGGUGAUGAUAGGGUAGUGAGAUAUUGGGAUUUGGUGAAGGUGCAAGACGGAUUUGUGGUCUGUGGAUCACAGAAGGAGAAAGAUGUUUCGUUUAAGCAAAUGAAUGGUUCUGGCCCAACCCAUAUAUAUACUCUGCCAAACGUACAUCGUCAUCCCAAUGUACCAACAAGAGAAAGAGAGCGACAACCUUUACGUCCUCACUACGAUGCGAUAUGUAAAUUAGGUACGGUAGAGACCCCUUUUAGUAGUUGUAUAAUAAGUGGAGAUAGAAGUGGGGUGGUGAAAGUCUGGAGGAUGGAAGGUGGUCCAGUGAGUAAUAGGUAA